AGCCAAUUUCAUAUUACAAAUACCUACACUUUCUAUCAUGCAUAGAACCAAGCAUGUACUUUAGGCAAGCCGCUUGCUUCCCGGUCUCCCUCCCUCCCACUUUCAGCUUCAGUAUAAUACUCGUAUAAUAUGCCUAAUCACGCUUACCAUGCAGAUUGGAGCAAACGCACUUUACGACCUAGAAAGAGAAGAUCGUCCGGGGUUCUUAUUCAGGCGUUUGCGAUUCGAGUUGUUACCGAUCACAAUGGCAUCUGGCCGAUUUAGCGGGUAUGACGGCCGCGUGCAUAGUCCCCAGGAAAUGGGCUUGAUCUCGCACAUAUCAGCUUGCCACGCAAUCUGUAGCCCCCCAAACCAUGGCAUUGUUAGUUAUCGCGGUUUCCCGUGCGACGUCAAACGAGGCUCGCCGACCAGUCACGGAGCGACUCCAAAUCUGCGAGUCUAUCGGCAAAAGAAAGACGAAAAGAAAUUUGAUGCGCAUUCAUUCUGUAUGCGACCACCCUUUGACAGAUCGGGUCCACACAUGAUUCGAGGCCUCGUGCGGCAUGCACGAUGCACUUGCUAUUUUCCGUGUACCAACGAUGCAACGACGCCUCAAUUGAUAUACGACUGCCCCUUACGGACAUGCACUUUUCCGAAUAGUCAUCGCACGCAUGGCGACGGUCACUCGGGCAUCGCUGAGGUUGGCUCGCGUCGUCUUGGAGCCUUACUCGGCGAUGACGGCGCUGAUAAAGAUGCCGUGUCUAGGACUCAGAUUGUGGCUUUCAAUAUGCAGAUACAAAUUGCUAUAAUUCCUUACUAUAAGCAUGGGGUACCUUGUGGAGGCUAUUCGGGAGACGCAGUCGGAGUGGGGAGAGAGCGAUGGAAAGCGAGGCAUCGGGUAGCGGCGUUAUUUCUACGCUCUUCUGCUAAUUCGAGAUAUUUUCCGGCUGUUUUGGGAAGUACGAGAAGAGAGAGCAAUGCCAGGUGUAGUUACGAUUCUUCUAAGAACGGUUUCUAUUGCUUCAAUUUCUUCUGCUAUUUGGCAUCAAGCACCAUGGCUGUUAUAUCGAAUCUAUCCGUUCGUUCUACCCGUCCUACCCGUCCUACCCGCUCGCCUACCCGCUUGCCUAUCCCCUUUCCUCGACCGACAUCCGGAGAGAUCUCCAUAUCAUCGCCUGCCGAGCUACCUUCGAGAAUAUUGGAUGACGAACUAAAGGUCAAGGUGAGGGGUGAGUUCAUGACCCUUACUAUAACAGAAGAUGGGAGCACAUGCGUUACUGUUGUUGCUCUAGGCAAUACUCAACAGGAGGAGACGUCGGAUUGUUGCCAGCCGGCUCCUGCAACGGUAGAAGCAUCGACAACGACUUCGGCCCCUCCACCGGCUGGUUCAAGUGGCGACUCCUCUAAUACGGCAUUAAUUAUAUUCGGUGUAACUUUCGGGAUAGCGGUUCUGCUUCUUGCUCUUUGUUGGUGGUUCUGCUGCCGAAGACGCACUCCCAGGAAGACAUCAUCGAAAUGUUCCAAACCACAUCCACCAUGCCCACCAGUCCCUGGACCGACUCCUUUCCCACCGCCAGCUCCUUGUCCGCCGCCGGCCCCUUGCCCCCCUCAUCACAACUGCCGGUCCUGCCGCCAGGGACUUCCUGGCCCUCCUGGCCCUCCCGGCCCUCCUGGCGAGAGGGGGCCUAUUGGAUUAAGAGGACCUCCUGGAGACAGAGGGGAAGUAGGGCCGCGAGGGUUACAGGGGCAACAAGGAGAAAGAGGAGAGCAAGGGGUACCAGGGGAGAUCGGUCCUGAAGGGCCCCAAGGUCGCGAUGGACUGCAAGGCCUUACAGGCCGCGAUGGGUGCCGAGGACCACCAGGUCCUCCAGGGGAGCGGGGUGAACCAGGUCAGGAUGGUGCUCCAGGACCACCAGGUCGCGAUGGUCUCCCAGGCGUACCAGGCCGAGAUGGUUUCCCAGGACCACAAGGUCUUCAAGGCGAGCCGGGUGAACCAGGUGAUGAAGGACCGCAAGGCCGCGAUGGCCUUCCAGGUGUACCAGGCCGUGAUGGAGUUCCAGGACCUCAAGGCCCCCCCGGCCCUGCCGGUCCCCCAGGUAAUGAUGGCGAAGCCGGUCGAGAUGGAAUUCAAGGUGUACCAGGGCGUGAUGGAACUCAAGGCCUGCCAGGUCGCGAUGGACCUCCAGGACCUCCCGGACUACCAGGCCUCGAUGGUGCUGAUGGUAGACCGGGUCGCGAUGGAGCGCCAGGGCCACCAGGCCUACCAGGUCGAGAUGGCGGAGCAGGCGAGCGAGGACCACGCGGUCGUGAAGGUGUACAGGGACCUCAGGGACCUCGAGGUCCUCCUGGUCUUUCAGGCGAGAGAAGGAGACAUGGAAGUCGAGGUAUUAGAGGGCGUGGAGGAACUAGAUACCCAUCGCAUGGAUGCUGUCAUCGCUGUAGGGAUUGGUGUGGGGGCUACUGUGCCGGUCUCUGCAGCGACUCGAGCUCAUGUGAAGGGCAUUGCGGCUGCAAAUGUAGUUGUUGCAGGGUAUCGAUAAGUAUCCAUAACAACUAGGACGAAGUCGUCCGUAUGUAAUGGCCGUUCAACUCUUGAGUUUAGCAGGAUUCUAAAUUUGAGUUACCAACGGGAGGAACAGUUAGGACGACUAGUAGUAUUGACGAGUCUCUCUUAUAGCUAUAAUAUAUUAUACUAUAUGUUUUAUUUCAAGUCACUUCUCCUGUAAACAUAUUUGUGUUAUUAAU